CGCCUCGUCAAGUCACGCGAUAUUACACAUCAUAGUCACAUGAAGCAGAGAUUGUUGUGCACACCUUCUGUACUUUUUCCAUCUUCAUAUUAGGCAUUAGGCAUUUAAUUUAAAAUCGAAUAGGUGGUUAGUUUUUUACUAAGCAACAUGGACGAAGACGGACUUCCGAUCGUUGGAUCUGGAAUCGAUCUAACCAAGGUUCCUGCCAUUCAGCAGAGAAGAAUGGUUGCUUUUCUCAACCAGUUCAUCGUCCAUACUGUUCGCUUCCUCAACAAUUUUUCCACAGUGUGUGAAGAGCAGAAACUUGCCAACAUAUCCUUGCGCAUCCAGCAGAUCGAGACCACGUUGUGCAUCCUGGAAGCCAAGCUGUCCUCCAUCCCAGGACUGGAAGACGUCACGGUAGACCCCAUUGGACGUCCCCAAAAUAUUCAGACCAACGGACGUGGUGCUUCAGGCCCGGGUCAGACAGAAUGCCCGCCAGAUGUACUUCCUCCUCCAGAGCCUCCUCAGAGCACACCGGACGACAUGCCCAAACCGGUGGAGGCGAAUGCCAUGACAGUAGCCAAGGAUCCGCGUUAUGCCAAAUAUCUGAAGAUGAUCCAUGUGGGUGUUCCAGUGAUGGCCAUUCGGAAUAAAAUGAUCACGGAAGGUUUAGAUCCAGAUUUGUUAGACAAGCCGGAUGCUCCCGUGCCAGACGCGGGAGGGAAAAACACCGAGGAGCCCGACAUGUCGGACAGCGAGUCAUCCUUCAGUGAUUGAAGUCUAGAAGAAUGUGAUGUAGUUGACUCUUCGCAGCGAGCGGCAAAUUAGCAAUGUGCACUAUCUCCAGUUCAUGCCUUUUAUGGUAUUCCACUAAAACGGGACACUCAAAAUCUUAAGUGAGGACGUUGUAGUUCUCUGUGUAUCCUGUUUACUAACAUUUAGUUUUUUUUUUUAAUAUUUCUACCCAAAACUGGGGGCUAUGUUCAAUAUUUUAUGUCAUUAUAAAGGCAUAAAUUGUCCAGGUAUGUUGUUUACUAUUAAAUGUUAGGGGAUAUAAAACCA